CCCACUUCCGCCUCCCUGUGGCAGCGGCUUGUUGUUGUAGAAGCCAAAAUGGCGGCGCAGGCGGCGGUGGCUGCCCAGGCGGCUGCGGCCCAGGCAGCGCAGGCUGAGGCGGCUGAGUCGUGGUAUCUGGCGCUUCUGGGCUUCGCUGAGCACUUCCGCACUUCCAGUCCACCCAAAAUCCGCUUGUGCGUGCACUGCCUGCAGGCCGUGUUCCCCUUCAAGCCGCCGCAGCGCAUCGAGGCCCGCACGCACCUGCAGCUGGGCUCCGUGCUCUACCACCACACCAAGAACAGCGAGCAGGCGCGCAGCCACUUGGAGAAGGCGUGGUUGAUAUCACAGCAAAUCCCGCAGUUUGAAGAUGUCAAAUUUGAAGCAGCAAGUCUGUUAUCUGAAUUAUACUGUCAGGAGAAUUCCGUCGAUGCAGCAAAGCCGCUGCUGCGGAAAGCGAUCCAGAUCUCACAGCAGACCCCAUACUGGCACUGCCGCCUACUCUUCCAGCUCGCUCAAUUGCACACUCUUGAGAAGGACUUGGUAUCAGCCUGCGACCUCCUUGGCGUGGGCGCUGAGUAUGCCCGGGUGGUAGGAUCCGAGUACACACGGGCACUGUUCCUCCUCAGCAAGGGGAUGCUGCUGCUGAUGGAGCGCAAGCUGCAGGAAGUCCACCCACUGCUAACCCUCUGUGGACAGAUCGUGGAGAACUGGCAGGGAAACCCCAUCCAAAAGGAGUCACUACGUGUCUUCUUCCUGGUGCUCCAGGUGACCCACUACCUGGAUGCCGGGCAGGUGAAGAGCGUGAAGCCGUGCCUGAAGCAGCUGCAGCAGUGCAUCCAGACCAUCUCCACACUGCAUGACGAUGAGAUCCUGCCCAGCAACCCUGCAGACCUCUUCCACUGGCUGCCCAAGGAGCACAUGUGUGUGCUUGUCUACCUGGUGACCGUGAUGCACUCCAUGCAAGCUGGCUACCUGGAGAAGGCUCAGAAGUACACAGACAAGGCCCUCAUGCAGCUGGAAAAGCUCAAGAUGCUUGACUGCAGCCCCAUCCUGUCCUCCUUCCAAGUGAUCCUGCUGGAACACAUCAUCAUGUGCCGGCUCGUCACAGGACACAAGGCCACGGCGCUGCAGGAGAUCUCCCAGGUCUGUCAGCUGUGCCAGCAGUCCCCCCGGCUCUUCUCCAAUCAUGCAGCACAGCUGCACACACUGCUGGGUCUGUACUGUGUCUCUGUCAACUGCAUGGACAACGCGGAAGCCCAGUUCACCACAGCCCUGCGGCUCACCAACCACCAGGAGCUGUGGGCCUUCAUUGUAACCAACCUGGCGAGUGUGUAUAUACGGGAAGGAAAUAGACACCAAGAGGUACUGUACAGCCUGCUUGAGAGGAUAAACCCAGACCACAGCUUCCCCGUCAGCUCACACUGCCUCCGUGCUGCAGCCUUCUACGUGCGCGGGCUCUUCUCCUUCUUCCAGGGACGCUACAAUGAGGCCAAGCGGUUUCUGCGAGAAACUCUGAAGAUGUCCAAUGCGGAGGACCUGAACCGACUCACAGCCUGCUCCCUUGUGCUCCUGGGCCACAUCUUCUACGUGCUGGGGAACCACAGGGAGAGUAACAACAUGGUGGUGCCUGCCAUGCAGCUGGCCAGCAAGAUCCCAGACAUGUCGGUGCAGCUGUGGUCAUCGGCUCUGCUAAGAGACCUGAACAAAGCUUGUGGGAAUGCCAUGGAUGCCCACGAGGCCGCCCAGAUGCACCAGAACUUCUCGCAGCAGCUGCUCCAGGACCACAUAGAGGCCUGCAGCCUCCCAGAGCACAACCUCAUCACGUGGACGGACGGCCCGCCCCCCGUGCAGUUCCAGGCCCAAAACGGACCCAACGCCAGCCUGGCCAGUCUCCUGUGAGGCCCGGGGGCUACCCAGCUCCUCCGGGCCAGGCCCCACACGUCUCUGAUUUCCACCCCGGAGGCCCCUGAGUCUUCCUUGGAGGCAAGGUCUGAGGCCUGAGAGCCUGUGACACUUUCUGCCCUCCUGGGAGGGGGCAGCCGCUGUUCCUGCCCCAGGACCCCCGAUGCUGAGGCUCGAGGUGGGAUGCUGGGGCCAGCUUUCCAGAGCCAUCCUGUCAAGUGGACCUCAGCUG